AUGAGCAAUAGUGAUUCUGAUGAAAAAAGAAAUUUUUUUAAAAUUUUGGAAAAAUCCUCUGACGAAAAUUUGUCAAAUGAAGCAGAUGAAAUUGCUAAUGAAUUAAAUACAACUCCUGUUGAUGAAAGUCCCGAAAAAUGCUUUAAUAAACUUCAAUGGAAAGACUCAUUUGAAACUGGUUACGAUGAAAAUAGCAUAGAACGUGAUUUAUAUUUUAACAGUUCUGGGAGUCAUCAAAAUAGUUCCAGUCAUAAUGAUACAAUUAAUAUAUCAAGAACUGCUAAAAGAUUUUUUUCAAGCCCAGCUAAAGUUCAUGCAGAAACUUUACCAAUUUCAAUAAUUGGAACUGAUUCAAAUAGCGAUAGUAAUAUAAAUAACCAAAAACAAGAUUCGCAAACACCGAUUAUAACAAUUUUUAGCGAUAAUAGUAAUAGUAAUAUGAAUAAAAAAUAUAACAGAGCCAGACGAUUUAGUCAGGAUUCAGGAAUUGUUACAGGGAAAAUAUAUUCAGAUUAUAAUUCUGAUGGCUUGCAACAAUUAAGCCAAAGUAAUGAUAAUUUAAAAAGUGUCCAGUUCUUUCCAGAUAAUAAGCUUAGAAUAACAGCCACCUUAAAUGAGGAAGACAGUCCAAUGGAGAGUCCAACAAUAAACGAUGUUCAGACCGAAAGAUUAUUCACAAAUAAUUCAUUGCAAAAUGUUGCAUUAUUAUCUUCAUCAAAUGAAAAUGAUUCUAGCAGACGAAGUUCAUUCAAUGGUCAAACAAUGACGAAAGUUUUUGGCCCAAAAGUUGGUUGUGAAUUACCUGGAACUGCAAUCAGUAACUUAGAACUUUUAAGAGAUACUUCAUCGUAUGAAAAAUUAGACUCGAUGAGUUCGAGUUUGAUUCAAGAAGAAAUGAAAUUUAGCGAUGAAAAUCUUAGUAUAGGAAGAAAAUUUUCAGUCGAGAAAUCUGAAGAUAAUUUAAGCAUUAGUGGAAGUUUUAAUAGCAAAAAGAGUAAAAUGACAAUCGAAGAAGUUGCUAGACGAAUAAGUAAACAAGAUAAGGAGGGUUUGGAUCCGGAAUCCUUAUAUUUUAGAGAUGGACGCAAAAAAAUCGACAUGAUAUUGGCGUGGGAGGAGGAAAAUGAAGGUGUAAUGACUGAACAGGAAGCCAAACGUCGUGAGAAUCGCAAAAUUUUUCAAGAAAAUAUGUUAAAAGAAGGAUUAGAAUUAGAAUUAGAGGAUAAAUCACAAUCUUUUGAUGAAAAGACUUUUUUCUUAAAAAUACAUUUACCAUGGCGGUUAGAACAACGCUAUGCCGAAGUUUUGAAUUUAAAAUUACCAAUCAAAAGAUUUAUUACAAUUAGUGUUAAAGCAUGGGAGGACGAAAAUAUUGUGGUUAGAAAAUUGCAAGUUUGGACUAAAUUAUUAUCUCCGUUGGUAAAUGCAUUUAAAAACCUUAUAACUCAAUCAGGCCCCGAAGAAGAAGCAACAUUUAAAAAGGCAACAGCCGGGGGCAAUCCAGAAGAACAAUUUAUAGUAAAAGAUCGAGCUACGUCUUACACAAAUGCGCAAAGAAGCUUAAUGGUUUUCCAAAUUUUAUUACGAAUGAAGUUUGACGAAACAGAGAAAAUGGGUAUUCGUCGACUUUUAAAUGACGGUACUUAUUUAGCUUGCUUCCCUCUGCAUGAGGGACGCUAUGAUAAAAACCAUUCUAAAACUGGUGCAAAAUCUGAUCGACGACUUUUAUAUUUAAAUUGGGCUCGACCAUCACAAUGGUAUAAAAAACAACCAUUAUGUUUAAUUCGAAAAUAUUUUGGGGACAAGAUUGCUUUGUAUUUUUGUUGGCUCGGUUUUUAUACAGAAAUGUUAAUUUAUCCAUCAAUUAUUGGAACUUUGUGUUUUUUAUAUGGAUUAGCGUCAAUGAAUUCUGAAGAUAAUAUACCAAGCAAAGAAAUGUGUGAUAAAACAGGAGCCGGUAAUAUAACUUUAUGUCCUCUAUGUGAUAAAGCAUGCAGCUAUCAAAAUUUACAUGAUUCGUGUCUUUUUGCGACACUUACAUAUUUAUUCGACAAUCCUGCAACAGUAUUUUUUGCAAUUUUUAUGUCUUUUUGGGCUACAACAUUUUUAGAACUUUGGAAACGUAAACAAUCAGUUGUCGUAUGGGAAUGGGAUUUAGGUGAUAUUGAUCAAGAUGAAGAUUAUCGCCCGGAAUUUGAAACAAAUGCCACAACAUUCCGUACGAACCCUGUAACACGGGAAAAGGAACCUUAUAUGUCAACUACAACUCGAGCAUUUAGAUUUGUUGUAACAUCUACUGCGGUUUUAUUUAUGAUUGCAAUAGUUUUAUCAGCAGUCUUGGGUACAAUCAUUUAUCGUAUAUCUAUAUUAGCUUUGAUUCAUAGUGGUUCAGAUUUCUUUGUCAAAAGUCAUGCCAAAUUAUUUACAUCCAUUUCUGCUGCAUUAAUCAAUUUGGUAGUUAUUAUGAUUUUAACCAAAUUUUACCACCGAUUAGCUAUACAUCUGACAAAUUUGGAAAAUCCUAGAACUCAUACAGAAUAUGAAGACUCCUAUACAUUUAAAAUAUUUUUCUUUGAAUUUAUGAAUUUCUACAGCUCUUUAAUUUAUAUAGCAUUUUUUAAAGGAAGAUUUUUCGACUAUCCUGGUGAUGAUAUAGCUAGACAAAGUGAGUUUUUUCGACUUAAAAAUGAUAUUUGUGAUCCAGCUGGUUGUUUAUCGGAAUUAUGUAUCCAACUGGCAAUCAUAAUGGUUGGAAAACAGUGUUGGAAUAAUUUUAUGGAAUACUUAUUCCCAAAAUUUUGGAAUUGGUGGCGUCAACGUCAACACAAAGCUGCAACGAAGGAUGUUACUCAUUUGCAUAUGGCUUGGGAACAAGAUUAUCAUAUGCAAGACCCGGGGAGAUUAGCCUUAUUUGAUGAAUAUUUAGAAAUGAUUUUACAAUACGGUUUUGUAACGCUUUUUGUGGCAGCGUUCCCACUUGCCCCUUUGUUUGCUCUACUUAAUAAUAUUGCAGAAAUUCGUUUAGAUGCAUUUAAAAUGGUAACACAAGCUCGUCGACCUUUAGCAGAACGUGUAACAGACAUAGGAGCAUGGUACGGAAUUCUUCGAAUUAUAACGUAUACUGCCGUGGUUUCAAAUGGAUUUGUAAUAGCCUAUACUAGUGAUUUUAUUCCACGAAUGGUGUAUAAAUUAAUGUAUUCGGAUGAUAAAACACUACGUGGGUAUAUUUCACACAGUAUGUCUUAUUUCAAUACAACUGAUUACAAAGAAGAAUGGGGAAACAAAGGUGAAAAAGAUCCUGACAUUUGUCGUUACCGCGGAUACAGGGCAAACCAAACAAAUCCAAAUAACCCUCAUGCUGAUCCAUACGAACUAACAUCUGUGUAUUGGCAUGUUUUUGCAGCAAGACUUGCUUUCGUGGUUGUAUUUGAACAUAUAGUAUUUAUUGUUACUGGUUUUAUGCAAUUUGUAAUACCCGAUAUACCUGCUGAAGUUAAAACACAAAUACAACGGGAAACCUUAUUAGCCAAAGAAGCUAAGCUACAACAUGGUUUAAAAAAGGCUAGACAAGAUGAUGAUCUACUUUCGAUUUUAAAAGCUUCCACUGACGCUGGUUUCAGAUCACGUGGUAGCAGUUGGGCACGCCGCUUAAGUCGUUUAGGUGACGGUCUCGAAGCCCACGUUGAAGUUUCUAAACCUAGAAGAUCUGUAGAGUCGACUGUUUGGGAAGUUGCUUAGCAUUAAGUUUAAAAAAAAAAUAACAAACAUAAAAAGACUAAAGUUAAAAAA